CGUCAGGCGGAAGUUGUUUAGAUUGCGGAAGAGUAGCCACAGACGCUGUAGGCGCACCAGCUCCACUAAAGCAAUUCGUUUUGGUACUCUGUAAUUUGAUCGUAUUUUGAUAUAGAUAUAUGUAGGCCUCUGGGAGCUUCAGUUUACAGCUCGAUCAGCUUGUCCUCUCAGUGUUUCAGGUUGAGCUGUCAUGAUGGCGGACCACACUGAUGUCAGUCUGCAGCCGGAGGAGCGGGUCCGCGCUCUGACCAAGAAGGGAAGCUCAGUCGAAGUGGACGACGAUGUGCCCCCGCGCCGCUAUUUCCGCUCCGGCAUGGAGAUGAUCCGCAUGGCUAACAUCUAUGCAGAGGAGGGCAACAUUGAGCGCGCCUUCGUCCUUUAUAAUAAAUAUAUCACUCUCUUUAUAGAAAGACUUCCCAAACAUCGAGAGUACAAGACCGCUAACAUUCCUGAGAAAAAGGACACACUAAAGAAACUGAAGGAUGUUGCUUUUCCUCAAGCAGAAAUUCUGAAAAAAGCUCUUUUGCAGAGAUUUGAACAAGAGUAUGCGCAACAUCUUGUCAAAAAGAAAGCGGAGCAGGAGGCCCUGGCGCGGGAGCAGUCCAAGCAGCGAGCGCUGGAUGCAGAGCGGGAGCGCGUGGCCAAGAUGCAGCAAAGGCAGCAGGAGCAAGAGCAGUUCAAAAAGUUUGAGGACAUGAUCCGGUACCAGGAGUUGGAGAAGGACCACCAGCGCAAGCAAUUGAAGUUUGCAACGCCUGCAACGCCUGCAACGCCUGCCACGCCUUCCCCUGACAUGCCCCUCCUCCCAGGCAUUCUGGGACCCCCAAAAAUCUCCCCCACCCCCCCACAGAGCCCAGGGGGCCUGUCUGGCGACACCAACCACCAGAACAAUUUCCCUCCUGCAACCAACAGCACACCUGCCUCCAGCCAGCCCAUCGUCGACCGGUCGCUCAAGCCCGGGUUUCUGGUCAGCCCAGGGAACAACAAUACAAUGGUGGAUGCCCUUCGGCAGUUGGCUGUUCCCGCUGAGCUGUGCCGGAGCUUUCUGAGGUUAGCCGAGGCUAACACAAGCCGCGCUGUUGAAACUUGUGGCAUCCUGUGUGGCAAACUGAACAGAAAUGCGUUUACCAUAACCCACGUUAUCGUACCAAAGCAGAGUGGUGGACCGGACUAUUGUGACACAGAAAAUGAGGAGGAACUCUUCCUUAUACAGGACCAGUAUGAUCUAAUCACCCUGGGCUGGAUACAUACUCACCCCACACAGACGGCCUUCCUGUCCAGCGUCGACCUCCACACACACUGCUCCUACCAGAUGAUGCUGCCGGAGGCCAUUGCUAUCGUAUGCUCGCCUAAAUUUAACGAAAUCGGCUAUUUCAAAUUGACGGAUCGAGGAACAGAUGAGAUCUCUACAUGUAAACAGAAAGGCUUUCAUCCUCACAGCAAAGAGCCCCCUCUAUUUACACACGCGGGACACGUCAACAUCACCAAUGACACUGUAUCCAUGAUGGAUUUGCGGUGAUUUUUCUUUUUUCACCAAAAAAGGACUGCUUUAUGAACCUGCAGAAAUGUCACAUGGG